AGACUCUGCAGUGGCCGGAGACGGAUACACAGCAUCUGGCCAGCAGGGUGUUUCGAGGAGCAGGUAUGUCUGUCCUGUACCCAUCUCUGGAGGACCUGAAGGUGGGCCAAGUCAUCCAGGCCCAAGCCAGAGCCACACCCAGGAUGCUCACACCAUCGACCUCCAUGGCUUCUGCACCCCCGCUUUCAGAGUUGUACCCAAAUUUGGCAGAAUUGGAGAGUUACAUGGGGUUGUCCCUCUCUAGCCAAGAAGUCCAGAAGAGCCUGCCUCAGAUUCCAGAUGGUGACAAUAUGAUGGUCACUAGCCCUGGGCCUAGCCAGGUGGUAGCACCAGUCUCUGGGAACAACCUGGGUGUGUUGCGUGCAGAGAUCAAACCCGGAGUGCGUGAGAUCCAUCUGUGCAAGGACGAGUGUGGCAAGACUGGACUGCGCCUGCAGACUGUUGACAAGGGGCUCUUUGUGCAGCUGGUUCAGGCCAAUACCCCCGCAUCCCUCGUGGGGUUACGCUUUGGGGACCAGAUCCUGCAGAUUGAUGGGUGUGACUGUGCGGGGUGGAGCACACACAAAGCUCACAAAGCCUUGAAGAAGGCAUCAGCCGAGAAGAUCGUCAUGAUUGUGCGGGACAGGCCAUUCCAGCGGACUGUCACGAUGCACAAGGACAGCUCAGGCCAAGUUGGCUUUUUCAUCAAGAAGGGGAAGAUUGUAUCUGUGGUAAAGGGAAGCUCCGCAGCCCGUAAUGGGCUUCUCACCAACCACUAUGUGUGUGAGGUGAACGGACAGAACGUGAUUGGGCUGAAGGACAAAAAGAUUACAGAGAUCCUGACCACAGCUGGAAACGUCAUCACACUGACCCUCAUUCCUACUGUGAUCUAUGAGCACAUGGUCAAAAAGUUGUCCCCGUUGCUGCUGCAGCACACCAUGGACCACUCCAUUCCAGACAUCUGAAGUCACAGGGCAGCCCAGGCCUCCCACCAUUCUGCAGCGAAGAUGGCAACAGUUGCAGAUGGUUUGCUGCUCGGGUCUGGGCGUUUCAGGGGCAUGUCCCAGGGGGAUACAUAGUGGAUGAGUCUGUCAUUGCUGUUUCCUAACUCCUUGGAUCCUGAUUCCUAGCAAUGCUGCAGCACAGAUGUGAUGCAGGCACUUGGUUCUCUGUGCUCCAGAUGCUGGGCACUUAGGCAGAACAGCAGAAUGUCACCGAGUGCUGCUGGGUCCCUUUGCAGAAUUUUGCCUCUUCUAGAAGUCAGUCACUUGACAGAGGAAUUCCUUGUGUGUUGCCUUCAUUGAUCUUUAUCACGGAUGUGUAUAGAUCACUUGUGUAACCCUUGACUGUCUGUAGGUUAGUUGUGACUCUUGACUGUAUAUCUGUAGGUUAGUUGUGACCCUUGACUAUCUGUCUGUAGGUUAGUUGUG